UGACAAAUCACACCCAUUUGGUUUGCUGUGUUCAGUGACUGAAAAGCUAUCAAAAGACAGCCAACUACUUUGGUCAAAUCGCUUGACGUGAAUCGUCUAUAAUGGACUACCAACAUGUUCUGGUCUAUUUCAUGUGGACUUUCACUGCAGUUUCUGCAGAAGAUGUGAAAUAUUUCCUGAAGGGUCAGGACAUACACUUCAUGCCAUCCAUCUCUGAACAACCUAUUAGAUUAAUCUGGCUACAUAAUGAAAAUUAUGUGGUGUUUUUUUCUGGCAUGGAGGACAUUGUGAAGUCUUCAUACAAGAACAGAAUCACUCUGGACCGGGUCUCUGCAGAACUCACCAUCAAAAACGCCACAUAUGAAGACAGUGGAGACUAUUUCCUAGAAAUGAACAUAAACAACAAGCCUUAUACUUUCCAGCGUACAAUUGAAGUUAUAGACAAAGUAUCCAAACCCAACAUAUCCUGUGAGAUGAGCGACACAAAGCAGGCGACACUUGUGUGCUCAACAGAGUCCAAACAUCCUCAUUUAUUAAAGUUGAAGUGGAGCUCACCAGGAAAGGAGCAGACUGGACCAAAUUUAACAAUAACUGUCAGGAAUGAAGAUGAUGAUCAAGUUUAUCGUUGUGAUGUCAGCAACCCUCUGACCAAUGAAACGGCUUCAUUCACCGCUAAGGACUGCUUCCUGGGUAAUUAUAAUCAAUAAUGAUGGCUAUGAAAUGGUGGUGGUACAUAUUGAAAUUUUAUUUUGGAUGUAAUGUACUAACCCCAAAAUCAGUGAAGUUGGCACGUAAAAACAGAAUACAAUGAUUUGCAAAUCCUUUACAACUUAUAUUCAAUUGAACAGACUGCAAAGACAAGAUACUUAAUGUUGGAACUGGAAAACAUUAUUAUUUUUUGCAAACAUUAGCUCAUGAGGAAUUUGAUGCUUGCAACAUGUUGCAAUAAAGCUUGAGAAAGUUGA